GUCAAUUACAGGUUAUUGUCAACAGCUUUCACCUUGGUUUAUUGAAAAUUUAUUCCUUCAUCUCAUAUCAUUUAUAUAAGAACAGAUUGUUGACUACCGCUUGAAUUCUCACAAUGACUGAGCAAUACUCUCGUGCAUCGUUACUCAAGCAUAAAACUGCUUCAGCAGCAAAGCUAUCGAAGAAAGCAUCGCACACGAAAAAAUCCAAGCAGUUCUUAAGAGGUGAAUCGGAAGAAAUAAUCCAGAGAACUCUCUCGGAAAGCAUUCAGGAAGAAGAAGCUCACAUGCACAAAGAAAUACCAAAAAUAAACUACAAGGAGGAACUAAUGUUCCUAUUUUUUGAUAACAUGCUAGAGACCAUCAUUCAAGAAAGAGGCACCGCUAGACCUUCUAUUGAAGAAAGUGAAAGCGACUUGUUUCCAUUUGAACAGAAUUCUUGUGUGAUACUUGUUGAAGAUGUACCAGAUUACGUCCCAGAUAUACAAGAAUUCCGUGAAUCUAUUAGACCAGAAGUAUCAGAGAGAUCAGUGAUUGAAAGUGAAAAAUUAAUUAGUAGCUUGAGCUGGAUAGUAGCACACGAGCCAAGUAGUGGAAAGAUCAUUUUUAAUAAUGGCAACACGUACCAGGGAGAUACUUUCAGAGGUAUCAUGAAUGGUGUAGGAAUAUUCCGUUGGACGGAUGGUACAGUCUAUAAGGGUCAAUUCAAGAAUGGUUACCCUUCUGGAAAGGGAAAAAUGAUCAUGCCGGACUUGAACAGGUACGAUGGCGAGGUCUGCCAAGGCUACUAUCAUGGUUUCGGAGUUUUGAAUUUAUCAAAUUCCUUGACGUUUUAUAAAGGAUCCUGGAAGAGCGGUAAACGGCACGGAAAAGGAUGGAUAGAAUAUGAAAUGAACGAACAACUACGUAGGCGAUUGGCUUAAGGAUAACAUGCAUGGGGGUAGGAUGCAGAAAAUACAAAAAUGGAGCUCGCUAUAAGGGCCAAUGGCAAGAAAAUGCUAAACACGGGAAGGGUUAGCAUGAUCUUUGAAAAUACUGAUUAUUACACAGGAGAGUGGCAAUAUGACAAGCCACAUGGAUACGGAGAAUACACUUGGAACAUGUUUCUAAAUAAAACACUGACUUUUCCAAUCUACAACAUAUACAGAGGCAGUUGGUUCAUGGGAACAAGACAUGGUGUAGGUUUGCUAUAUUUCGGAACUGAGUGUGGUUCAAAACUGGCAGGAACAUGGAAAAACAAUAGAAAACACGGCCCCGGAGUAAUAGCUUGCGGUAAUGGAAGAAUCAUGGAAUAUUGUCCUCUCUUUACGAAAGACAAACCGGCGCAUAAAGACAGAGAACAAAUUAGGAAGUUACAGGAGAAAUUAUCGAAGAAAAUUAACUUGCCGAAGACAUACGAUAAUUCUUUUGCGGAAAUUGUGACAGCCAUUCAUUCUAAGAUUGUCAUGACCAGUUUUCCAAACGAAAUUCUGCAAAAUAUUGUUAUGGCAAUGGUAGCGCCGUUAAAACGGCGAUUCUCAUCGCCAAGAUUCAUAAAAUUGACAGACAGUCAAACUGAAGGAAAGAAGAUUUACUGUCCCCUGAACAUAUCGAUACACUGUAUAUCUGAAAACGUUGAAAUGGCAUACUUUAUCAACGAAAUAUUUCGCUAUUUGCACAGUUUUCGGGACAGUUUCAGCUGGAGUCAGUGCAACAUCGCUGACAGCGAUAUCAGCGUGGGAUGUAUCAGAGUGCAGCACAGAAGAGGUACGGACGAUUAUCCAGUAGAGAAAUUCAGGGAGACCAAAAUGUUGCAAAACAUGAUAACCGUGUAUUUGCCUCAGUUACGGGCAUUGUAUGAAAAAUACGCAUCGAUAGCCGUCAACGAGGGGCAGACUUUGAACUUCAAACCAGUCAUGGUGCGGCUAUUCUUAUGGCAGUUGUUACGAGACGUCAACAUUCAAAAAUUCGUAUCUCUCGUUGAUUACGACAACUUCAUGUAUGCAAAUCCUUGCAGUUGCUACGAAUAUGGUCCCCACUACCCAUUCGAGCAUAUUACUUCUGGCAGUUCCUCCAAUGUCUUGUAGUGGCCGCCUGGCAGUAUUACCUAAACAGAUGCCAUCCUGCUGGCAUAAGCAUGGCUGACAUGUUGCCUCCUGGGUCCUCUGUCGACGAGCUAGGGACAGGCUUUGUGUCACAAAUAUUCAAAAGGUUCCUGGAAUAUGUUAUAUCUCCCAAUAGUGACAGUAUCAAAGACAGGUGCCAGAGUCCGAAGAGAACCAAGGAGACUGACGAAUUCUACAGAAGUUUGUAUACCUUUAGAGAUCUAGGACGGACAACAAUAGUGAAAUGCGUCCAUAAAGUAUGUCCUAUGGUUGAGAAGCCAAAAACUUUCAAAUACAAACUGACAUUCCUGGAAUUUUACGAAAUAUUGUUUGAAUGCAGUCAUUGUAAGAUCAGAGAAAAUAAUAUGGAAUAUUUGAAAAUGAAGCUCAUUGAAGAUAUAUGUCUAAACGACCGUCUGAAUGUACCUCUACAAAGAGCUCCAAGGGAUUGAAAAGCAGCAAGAGGUCUAAGGCAACCUCAAGGAAAUCGUUCC